GCGAGUGUUCGUCACUUUUGUCUUUCUCUGCGGGAUUAAAAGCGACAAACAUCUUUUUGUUUCGUGCUGACAUCAUGAACUUCUUUUUAUUCUUUCUUCUGGUCGUGCAAAUGCACAGCGUGACGCCUGUGAUUCACACGCUGCAGUAUUUCCACACUGCAUCCUCUCAAGUUCAAGACUUCCCAGAGUAUGUGAGUGUUGGUUAUGUUGAUGGAGUUGAGAUUAGUUACUAUGACAACAACAUCAGGAAAGCAGAAUCCAAACAGGACUGGAUGAACAAAAUCACAGCAGAGGAUGCAAACUACUGGCAGAGACAAACAGAGAUCUGUGUUGAUAAUGAGUUUAGGGGCAAAAUCAGCCUUGAAGUUCUUAAGAAGCGUUUCAACCAAACUGGAGGUUUUCACAUUGUCCAGAGGAUGAUAGGAUGUGAAUGGAAUGAUGAGACUGAUGAGGUUAAAGGUUGGUUACAGUUCAGUUAUGAUGGAGAAGAUUUCCUAUCGUUGGACAUGAAGACAUGGACAUUUACUGCAGCAAAACCACAAGCUUUCCCCACCAAACUCAAGUUGGACCAGAACAUACCUAAACUAGACCACCAUAAGUAUUAUUUCACUGAGCAUUGUCCUUCUUACUUGAAGAAGUAUGUGAAGUAUGGGAAGAAGGUCCUAAUGAGAACAGAGCUUCCAGAGGUGUUCCUCCUCCAGAAGACGCCGUCCUCUCCGGUCACCUGCAUGGCGACAGGUUUCUACCCCGACCUAGCCGACCUGUUUUGGAGGAAAGACGGCGAGCAGAUGUUCGAGGACGUGGAGCACGGAGAGCUGCUCCCCAACCACGACGGAACCUUCCAGAUGUCGGUGGAGCUGAAAGUGGAGGUGACGGCCGAGGUGGAGGGCAAGUACGAAUGUGUGUUCCAGCUGUCUGGCGUCAAGGAGGACCUGGUCACCAAGCUGGAGAGAAGAAGCAUCCUGAGCAACGCAAGCCAUGAAGACAACUGGAGCGUCGCCCUCGCUGCCACGGCGGCGGUCGUUGCUGUGGCGGCCGUCCUGGCGGCCAUCAUCAUCGUCAUGGUCAGGCGUCACAGAAACAGACAAGCUCGCCACGGCGGCGUGGAGCUCUCCGAGACGGUGGCGGCUGAAGGCGAAGGCUGAGAUGCUUUGUGCACUGGAACACAGAGAGAUGUCUCCAUCAUGGAGAUGUGCUUUGUUCUUCAUCCCACUGCUCCUCACGCUAUUCUUCUUUGGCCGUUAAAAUACUUUGAAGAUCAAAUGUUGGUGGCUAUAAAAUCAUUCGGGGCUCACGUUUCAUGGCCUUGACAUCAUGACGAGGAUUUCUUCUUUCUUUGAAUGGCCGCUGCUUAUGAUCAAUAUCACAUUGUGUCACAUCUCUGUCAUUAAAUCCGUUUG